AUGGAAAGCAAGAUCAUUCAAGUGUUUGUUGUGGUGGCCAGUAAGAUUUGGUGGAGAAGAAACAACUUAGUUUUCAAAGGUGUUUUUGCUCAUCCGAAGGUAAUUGCGCAAGACGCAAGAAGUAUCUUGGAUAUGCUGAACGAGGAGGCAUCCAAUCAGGGUUGUAGCUCCAAUAAGAUUUGUACCUCAGCUGAUGUUUGGCAGGCUCCACCAUCAAACUGGCUUAAGAUGAACUGGGAUAGUGCAGUUGAUAAUGCUAGAGGUAUCAUUGGAGUGGGAGUGGCAGUUAGGGACAGCACAGGAAAAAUCAUUGCAACCAUGAGGACUAAGAAACAUCUCUUUCCUGACCCAUUACUAGCUGAGGCUUUUGGAGCUCUUAAAAUAGUGCAGUUUGGACUGGAGCUUGGUCUAACACAGGUAAUUAUUGAAGGGGAUUCCCUACAAGUCAUCAACAAUCUGAGAGGGGACAAAGAAGACUAUAACAGUGCAAGUAUGUUUGUAUGUGAAGCAAAAUAG